GAGCCCGCGGCAGGUCGUGGCUGGCUCUUGUAUCAGUGGCAGCCGACAUCGCGCCCCGGCUGGCCGGUCCCUCACAACAUCGUACUCACGCGUUUGUGCAACUUUAAACAUGUUAUCGACAGUGCUACUCAUCGCUUUACCUUUGGUUACCGCUGAAAUACCUUCCUACAUCAAAGUAUGCCAGCGAAAUGAUCCUAAUGUUGAUAAAUGCAUCAUGAAUUCCGUGGAAGAGUUGCGGCCAAAGAUGAUUAAGGGUAUACCCGAAUUGGACGUGCCAGGUAUAGAGCCGCUCAGCCUGGGACAAAUCGCUCUUGCGCGGGGGCCGCAGGGCGCCAAACUCACUGCGGUCGUUAAUGACGUCAAAGUGCGAGGUCCUAGUAACUUCAUCAUUGAGGAGCUAAAGUCAGACCUUGACAACAACCGGUUCGAUUUCAAGCUGCUACUGCCGCGAUUGGAUUUCAACGGCAAAUACAAGAUGGACAUCCAAGUGCUAUUGCUCCGCCUACAGGGUCGUGGCAACAUCACUGGCUCCUUCAAGGAUUACGCUUGCAAUGUGACCAUGAGAGGACACAAAGAAAAGCGCGGAGAUGACGAAUAUUUAACAUUUGAUCCUUUCAAAGUCAAGCUUCGUGUCGGAGAGUCCUCAAUAUACCUGACGAAUCUCUUCGACGGUGAUCCGAUCCUGGGACCCGCCACAAACAGGGUCAUCAACGAAAAUUCUCAAGUAUUCCUACAAGAAAUAAGUCCGGUCUUAGAACGCAGCCUUGGGGAACUCUUCACGGAAAUGGCGAAUAAAAUAACAUCAAAGUUCACGUACAAAGAACUGUUUCCUUGAUUCGAGUUUGAUAUGUUUUUAGUUUAGAUAAUGUGUGAUUAUACUUUUUUUCGUGUAUAUUGCUGGAAGUACACACUGUAAAAGUAAA